CACCGGAUGAGCAUGCUGCCUUUGUCGCAUAGAAACAACUUCAACUAACAAGCCAUGGAGAAUUCAAGGCAAGAAUCCUUCAGAAAGCUGCGCCCAACAUGUGUUGAGCUCAGCGCUAUCGGUUUGGGGUUCCGUGGCCAUCAAGCAACCUCAAACGAUGUUGCCCGAGCCCUCGAGCCAUUAUACAACAGCCUGAAGGAACUCGCCGAUAGGGAUGCGCUUGACGAGAAACUGGCAGAAUAUGCGUUCUUCCCGCUUUCACAUAUACUCAACGAGACACAACGAAUUUCCGCGCGUUGUCUGGAACUAACCGUCAAUUGCUUGCGAACCCUCGUCGCAAAAGGAUGGCGGCAGCAUCUGUCCCCGAUGAUGGGGAAACAGCUCAUAAUACUGUUGACGCUUAUAGUUGGUGGCGUACCGAAUAGGACCAAUGGAGGCCAGGCGGCAAGUACUCGGCCGGAGGAAUUGAUUAUUGCGGGUUUCAACUGUUUUUCUGCCAUCUUCGACGCCUUGGGUGGCCCUCUCGCGGAGAAGACUGUAUACAAUGAGAUUGGUACCGCGACAAUUGUUGAUCAGACAGUAUACAUCUUGCUUGAAGGUGUUACGGAUAGCAGAUCUGAUGACUUGAGUCUCGCUGCUGCAAAGGCCCUCCAAGGUCUUUAUCGUCGUAUAACUGAUCGAGUUGUGCUGGCAAGCAUUAUGCCGCGCACGGUGUCUGCUUUGACAAAGGUGCUGAAGCCAUCGACCCAAAUAAGGCGCUCCUACCGGCUUUCCGUUAUCUGCCUCGAGGUUCUUGCGCAUUUAUUGAAGACGGUCUUGAAUGAUCGCGUUGCCAGCACCUCAGAGGAACCAGUACAGCCUGAAACAGGGAACGACAAACUUGUGCUUGAUGAUUCGUGGUUGAAAGCUACAACUACACAGAUCAAGCUCGCACUCGCUAAUGUGGUCCAGAUAAGGCGUCAUGAGCGGUCAGAAGUACAGGUGGCUCUUCUUGACCUAUGUCUCAUGGUCAUCGAGGACUGUCAAAAUACUCUCCAGGAUUCAAUACCCAUAAUGGUGGAGACCAUCGUCGUUCUGUCAGAUAUGGACGAAGAGCAGACACCAAAUGCUGCGUAUUCAUCACUAAGGCAUCUUGCCAUUGUCUAUCCAACGAUCCUCGAUUCCCUCAAAGACUCGCUUAAGUCGUGGGUUACGUCUUUUCCACGGACUAUGCAGGGCAACGACGAAACAGCAAAACAAUGGGGAAUCAAACAGAUAUCGACUGUCUUCCAAAUCUUGUCACAAGUUCAGUCUGGAUCUGAUCUCCUGACGACGGGCUUGGCUGGAGGCUUAUGCGACAGUGUUUCUGCCGUCGUUGGACACACAGCCAACACACUUCAGCCAGUGAGCCUGGAUCCAUCGAAUAACUUGAGCCUGGAAGUGGCCCGGCGUAAUUACAAGUCAAUGACCUUUCCACCCGUUUUGAUGGAGCAUCGAAGCCAACAUCAGACUCUCAUCGAUCUGAAGUCUAUGGUAACCAGACUUAGCCUUUCGGAUUCUGGUAGUGAAAUCACAGGCUCAAUCAUUGGACGGAUGCAUAAUGCAUCAGGGGAUGCUAUACUUGCUCCUUUCUGGUUAUCCUUGACAUUCCUUAACAACAGCUCGCAAGCUACAACAGCUUUCGAUGACUUCAUAGCGUCUGAUUAUGUGGACUUCUCCGUGUCCCCUAGCACGAGAUCAAACAUGAUAGAAGACUUGUAUUACAUUUCAUUGCCCAUAUUAAAUGAGCCGCUGAUUGAUGACUCGCGAGACUGGCGUGUGUCGGCACUUGCCCUGGAAGCGGUCGCACUCCAGGCGCAACAGCUCGGCGAAGCCUUUCGUCCAGAACUCAUGGAUGCUUUAUAUCCUGUUCUCCAGCUUUUGGCUUCCGGAAACAACAACCUUCAAAACCAUGCCAUGACGUGUCUUAACAUUCUCACGACGGCGUGCAACUACGGCGAUACAAGCACCAUGGUUAUCGAAAACGUCGAUUAUCUUGUUAAUGCAGUUGGCUUGAAACUGAAUACUUUCGAUGUCUCACCAUAUCCACCACAAGUGCUAUUAAUGAUGAUCAAGCUGUGUGGAGCGCGUCUGAUUCCCUAUCUGGAUGAUCUGAUAGGUUCCAUCUUCGGAAUAUUGGAUAUGUAUCACGGAUACCCAAAGCUUACGGAAAUUAUUUUCAAGACUCUUGCUGCCAUUGUCGAAGAAGGCGCAAAAACGCCUUCAGUUUUGGCCAUCACAGAAGGCGAAGACGAUAAACGUCCUGAUCAUCGCAAACGUCAAUACGAGAGGCUCGACGUAUCGACCCUUGUCAAGGACUUUGCUGCACGGAAAUCCAAACGGGCCAAACUCUCAGAAGAGGAAGCCGAGGAUACGGGAAAGUCCACACAUCCAAAACAGCCCUGGACGUUGGAGUCUGAGGGCCUCAAACAACCAGAGCCCAGCUUGAACUUUGCAGCAGAUCUCAUGGAAAAAAUGGAAGGAGAAACGGACGAACCCCUCCCAAAACCUCGUGAACCCGAAGGCAGCGAAAAGCCUCUAACCAAGUCACACACACUCCUCUUGAACAUCAUCAAAUCGAUACCGUCUCACCUAUCCUCGCCUUCCCCGUACCUCCGCCGCUCCCUGCUCUCGACCGUUAUACAAAUCUUCCCCAUCCUCUCACAAAACGAAACCAGCUUCCUACCCCUCAUCAACGACCUAUGGCCACCUGUAGUCUCGAGGAUUAGCUUCCCUUCCUCCGCUAAAGAUAUGUCAUCUUCGAAUUCCCUCAUGACAAGGGACACCCCUGCUGCCUCCGCAGACCGCGCGGAGCAGAGAUCCGACGAGUCCGAGAUCAGAGAAGAAACAUAUGUCAUCACCAAUGCCAUCGAGACCGUUCAAGUUAUGUGCAGCACCGCCGGCGACUUUAUGGCAUCACGAGUAGAAAGCGAGUUCCCACGCUGGGAACGUCUCUACAAACGCGCAUGGGACAAAGUCCGGCAGGAUGCAGAAACAGCCCUUGGCAGACGAGCAGCUCGUCAGCUACCGAAAUCAAACUCACCUUCCGAGCCAUCCUUUAACUUCGUGCAGUCAUUGUCAUUGGCCAUUUCCACCUCGUCAGCAUUCACCGCAGCAGGAACACCACCAUCCAACAUCCGUACAUUCACACCGCACCACAGUCUCUGGCGAGCCUUAACAUCUCUAUUUUUUACGCUGCUCACACACGUCCGCCUCCCUCUUUCGAUGGGCGAUCAGAUAUGUGAAUUCCUCGGUGCUUGGAUAGCAAGAUACGCUGGUCCUGAUUAUUACUUUGCCUUCUAUCACUCGUCAUCUGAAGCCAAGAUUCCGGAAACUCUGAAGAUCGAGUCUAAAGCAGUCGAUGAUGCGAUCCGGGCUAUGGAGACAUGGAAUGCUGAUAUGACUUGGUUUAUCUUUCAGCAGGAAAGGGCGCGGGUGCGGGAUGCUGCGGGUAUGGGGAAGGUUGGAGUAGCUAGUUUGCAGAAACGGAAUGAUGUCGGGACUGGCUCUCUUUCGUUGCUGGAAGGUCGGUUGAAGUUUGUAGAGGUCGUGUUCUGAUCUUCGAGUGACACAGACUCGAGAGAAAGUCCCCGGUUGAUUGGACACUAGGUACAUUUGUUUGUGCAUUACAGUUUGAGACAAAAUAAUGACUUGUAACCAUAUCUUCAUCAUGGUAAGAAAUUGACAUAUAGC